CUGGACACAAUUUUCUUGUAAACCGUGUCUAUGUAGGUAAUGAGUCUGCAUUCACUUACUAUGAGGGAAGUGGGAGGGCCAAGGGAAUGGGGAAAGCUAAACUCAGAUUGGAAAUCUUGUGAGAAGGGAAAGCUUCAGUCUCCCAUUAAUAUUGUUGAAGAAGAUGUGCAAGUUCUUCCUCAACUUGGGAAACUCACAAGGGACUACAAGCCUGCUCAUGCUGUUGUCAAGAAUAGGGGACAUGACGUUACGGUAAGAUGGGAAGAGGAUGCUGGGAAAAUUACAAUCAAUGGAAGUCAUUACAAGCUUGUUCAAUGUCAUUGGCAUACUCCCUCUGAGCACUCUUUCAAUGGAACAAGACAUGUCUUGGAGAUGCAUAUAAUUCAUAUAAACGAUCGUGACGAGAUUGCUGUCGUUGGAAUUCUAUACAAAUAUGGACGACCCGAUCCUUUUCUUUCGAGAUUGUUCCACCACAUAAAAUCAAUUGGGAAAGAAGAUAGAGAAGUAGGAAUAUUGAACCCAGGAGACAUCAAAUUUGGAAGCAGAAAAUAUUACAGAUACAUUGGUUCUCUCACAGUUCCUCCUUGUAGUGAAGGUGUCAUUUGGACAAUUCUCAAGAAGGUGAGGACAGUUUCAAAGGAACAAGUAAAAGCUUUGAAGAAUGCUGUUCAUGAUGGAUUGGAGAAAAAUUCAAGGCCAAUACAAGCAUUAGAUGGAAGAAGAAUUCAAUUUUAUACUCCACAUAAGUGAAAGGAUAGAGAACAUUACUUCGACUUUUUUGU